AUGACUCUUUUUGAUGGCGUCUAUCCCUUCUACCUGCAGCAGAGGAAGGUCUUUGUGUUCGACAUCAGCACCAUCAUAGUGAUCAUGGUCUUCCUAACGCUCGCUUGCAGCUUCCUGCUCAUCAUCCCGGGCAUCCGUGGACGGGCAAGGCUGUACUGGACACUCCGGGUUCUCCUCAGCCUUAUUGUAGGAGUGGUGAUCAUUGCUGUCCAGUUCACAGGGGACUGGGAGACUGGCUGGGUGAAGGCAAACACCUCCUACAAGUCCUUCAGCCAUGCCCUGGUAAAAGUGGACAUCGGGCUGCAUGUCGGCCUGGUGGGGGUGAAUGUCACGCUCAUUGGAAACCCAGUGAAUCAGGUCAACGAGACCAUCAACUACAAUGAACACUUUGCCUGGAGCUUCAGCGCAGAUUAUGACCACAGCUACAGCGAAGGGCUGGAGAGGGGGCUGCCCAGCCCCAUCCUCUAUGUGGCGGAGAAAUUCACCAUGCAAAGCCCCUGUGGCAUGCACAGGCAGUACCGCAUUUCCAGCCACUACGCAUCAGCCACUCUCUGGGUGGCCUUUUGCACUUGGCUCAUCUCCAACAUGCUCUUCUCCAUGCCUGUCCUAGUCUAUGGAGGCUACAUGCUGCUGGUCACAGGGACCUUCAUGAUCUUUUCAUUGCUCUCGUUCUCCACUGUGAGGAACUCCCUGGUGUGCCCAAUCCAGUUUGGGACCACAAUCCUGCACACAGGCUAUGGUGGAUCUUUCUGGCUCACACUAGUGAUUGGCUCGCUCUGUUUUGUGGCUGGGAUCACUGUUGUGGCACUGCACUACUUCAACUUGGACCUGCUGAAAAUUUUCUUUGAUCUCCAUGAGGACAAAGCAGAGGAGUACCAGGAGAUGACUGAAGUGUAUGUCAGCUCUCAUUUUGUGAACAAAGGACUGUCUCCUUCUCGGCCCUCCAAACUCAACCCCAACAGCAUCUAG